ACACUCAUAAUCAGAAGGGCGUUGCCUGUUCUUUAUACAUUCCUGAACAAUCUUUCCCACGGCUCUUGCGCAGUAGAUUCAGCAUCAUUGGUAUAUAUUCAGCAGUACCCUACUUCCCCACCCUGUUCUGAUAGCGUCUCUCUUCUGUUUGUGUAUCCUUCUCUGCAGCCAUGCCGUCUCAGUUGGAGAGUUCCAUGGAGUCCCUGAUCACAGUGUUCCAUCGCUAUGCCGACAAGGACGGUGACUGCAACACACUGAGCAAGAAGGAGCUGAAAGAACUGAUGCAGACAGAACUGGCCAGCUUCCUGAAGUCCCAGAAGGACCCAGCCGCCAUAGACAAGAUCAUGAAGGAUCUGGACCAGAAUGGUGAUGGGAAGGUGAACUUUGAGGAGUUUGUCUCCCUGGUGGUGGGCCUCUCCAUCGCCUGUGAACAGAUCUACCAGCUCCACACCCAGAAGGCUUCUGCCAAGAAGUGAAGGAGGACAGGACAGAAAGAAAGAGAAGCAGAGAUGGCUGUUUUUAUAUGUGUCAUUUUUAUAAAUAAGUCUUACUGUUGUGAAUAAACACUGGCUUUCCCACUCUG